AUGAAUGAAGACCCGCAAGAGUUUUUGGAGGAGGUCUAUAAGAGAGUGGAGGCUAUAGGGGUCACCUAUAUUGAGAAGGCUGAGUUGGCCGGGUAUCAAUUGAAAGAUGUGGCCCAAGUGCGGUACACACAAUGGAAGGACAAUAGGCCUAUAAGGGCGGGUCUCAUAACUUGGGAGAUAUUCAAAAAGGCUUUCCAAGAUAAGUUUUUCCCCCAUGAAAAGAGAGAAGCCAAAGUUGAGGAGUUCAUCAACCUUCGCCAAGGAGAUAUGAGUUUCCAAGAAUACUCCUUGAAAUUCACUAAGUUGUUCGAAUAUGCCCCCUCUUUGGUUGCUAAUCAAAGGGAUAAAAUGAGUCAUUUUGUCAUCGGUGUGUACGAUGCUAUUGAAGAAGAGUGUUGUGUGACAAUGCUUCAUGACAACAUGGAUAUCUCAAGGUUGAUGGUUCAUGCUCAACAAGUUGAGGAAUCAAGGAUUAGAAAGAAGAGUACAGAGGUGAGGAGGGCAAGGCCCGAGGAUGGAUAUUCUUCUAAGGUGUGUGGUAAGAAGCAUGAAGGGAAAUGUCUUACCGGUAUGGGUGUUUUCUAUGGGUGUGGUAAAAGUGGGCACCAAUUGAAAGAUUUUCCAACCCGUACUAACAAGGGAAGAAAGUGUAAUCAAACUACACCAAGUGGUUCUAAUGCCGAUGCUCCCAAGAAGAAUCACUUAAAUGCUCUCCAAUCUAGAAGUGAUCAAGACGGGAGCCCAAACGUUGUUACCGGUAUGCUGCAAGUAUUUUCAAUUAAUGUUUAUGCAUUAUUAGACCCCGGUGCCACUAUAUCUAUUGUUACCCCUUUUGUGGCUAUGAAAUUUGAAGUGUCACCCGAAUAG